AUGACUUCCUUCAUUGACCUCAACUACAUGGUCUACAUGUUCCAGUAUGACUCUACCCAUGGCAAGUUCAACAGCAAAAUCAAGACUGAGAAGAAGAAGCUUGUCAUCAAUGGGAAGCCCAUCACCAUCUUCCAAGAACAAUAUCCCGCUAACAUCAAAUGGGAGAAGGCUGGAUCUCACUUGAAGGGUGAGACCAAAAGGGUCAUCAUCUCCGCUCCUUCUGUCAAUGUCCCCAUGUUUGUGAUGGGUGUGAACCAGGAGAAGUAUGACAACUCACUCAAGAUUGUUAUCAACGCUUCCUGCACCACCAAUUGCUUUGCGCCCCUGGCCAACAUCAUCCAGGACAACUUUGAUGUUGCGGAAGGACUCAUGACCAUAGUCUACGCCAUCACUGCUACCCAGAAGACUGUAGAUGGCUCCUCUGGAAAGCUGUGUGGGUCCAUUGUGGAUCUGACAUGCCAACUGGAGAAACCCACCAAUUACAAUGACAUAAAAAAAGUGGUGAAACAGGCGUCUGAGGGCCCUCUAAAGUGCAUCCUAAGCUACACUGAGGACCAGAUUGUCUCCUAUAACUUUAACAGUGACUCUCACUCUUCCAUCUUUGAUGCUGGGGCUGGCAUUUCUCUCAAGGAUAACUUUGUAAAGCUCAUUUCCUAG